CGGACGAUGUCUAAAAAUUGCACUUGCUUUUCCGACGAAAUGGCCUCGGUCAAUACGUUAUCAGAACUGUUAGAAAACUUAUCAAUCGAAGCGAAAGAACUAUAUCUUAGUUCAGAGGUGUCAAGGCUUGGAAAACCUCCGACUCCCCUGGAAUUUGUGAGGGACUGGGUGAGCCCUAAUGUUCCAGUUAUCAUCAAAAACGCGUUCAAUCAUUGGCCAGCGCUUAAAAAAUGGAAUUGUGAUUAUUUGAGACAGAAAAUUGGACACAAGACCGUAACUGUUGCGGUCACACCCAAUGGAUAUGCUGAUGCGGUAGUGGGAGAUAGGUUUGUCUUACCAGAAGAACGGGAGAUGGAAUUCUCCAAGUUUGUAGAUAUCCUUGAAGGAAAAUCUAAAGAAAGAGGGAUAUUUUAUGUGCAGAAACAAAAUUCCAACUUAACGAGCGAUUUUAAAGAAUUAUGCGAAGAAGCAGCAUGUGAUGUACCUUGGGCAACCCAAGCAUUUGGCAAAAAUCCUGAUGCAGUCAACUUUUGGAUGGGAGACAAAAGAGCAGUCACCUCGAUGCACAAAGAUCACUAUGAAAACUUGUAUUGCGUGAUUUCUGGUGCUAAAGUUUUCACAUUGUUACCACCAAGUGAUCUGCCUUUGGUUCCUUAUGAAUUAUAUUCACCAGCCAGAUAUAAAGUUAACAAUGAUGGAGUAUUUGAAAUUGUUGAUGAAGUUGAUGAGAACUUAACAAAAACAGCACCAAAACAAAAAGUGCCCUGGAUUGCUGUUGAUCCACUGAAUCCAGAUCUGAAUAAAUAUCCGAACUAUGCUAAAGCUAACCAUGUCGAUUGUGUAGUGAAUGCAGGGGAGAUGCUAUAUCUACCUUCCUUGUGGUUUCAUCAUGUUCAACAAUCUCAUGGGUGCAUUGCAAUCAAUUUUUGGUAUGAUAUGAACUAUGAUAUCAAGUACAACUACUACAAAUUUGUUGAGGCUGUGGCUGGCCUUGCCAACAAUCAUUCGUAAAUUUUUUUUUCUGCUGGGAAGCAACGGCUCACUUUUGACAACUCAUACAAAUUCAGAGGCCCUUCAUUGGAAAUUAUCCUAUCAUGAUAGGUGAACAUUUUUGUUGAUUCUGCUCCAGCACAAGUCUGUCAUCGGCAUCAGUGGGCUGAAAAACAGAUAGAGUUUGACUGAUUCUAGGUAUUCUUUGAAACUUGGAAAAUCUUGUUGAAAUCAAAGUCAGUGUUUUUUUACUUGUCUUAGAUGCAGACUUGUCGAAUGAUCAAGUUGUGACAGAACUGUUUCUCACUGUAAGAUAACCUCUCACAAAUUGGUUGUUUGAUUCAGGUCAACUCUUGCCAUCCCAUUAGUCCCACAGCUAAGCAUAUCGUGUAUAGCUACAGUGCAUGAUUUCUACAGGUAAUCAUGUCAAGUUUGCACACUUUUUAUUGCUUGCUCAUUUGUAUAUUUUUACAAGUUUAGAAGUAAAUUAUC